AUGGAUGCAUUGCCAAGUGAACAUCAACUAACUGACUCGAUGACUAAAGAAUUGAAGUUGGACAGAUUUGAAGAAUUAACAACUUGCAGAAUUAAGAAUGAAGUUAGGCUUCCAAUUUGGCCUUAUGCAAAGUUGAUACUGAGUUGUUGGUUGGUUCUUCUUCACUUUAAUGGGGCAGCACAUGUUUAUAGACAUUAUCUUAGACCAUUCUACAUGAAUCCACAAAUGCCACAAAUGCCGCAAAUACCAGGAACUUCUCAAAUGUGGUAUGUUCCACGGAAGAACAUAUUUAGUAAACAAGAUGAUGUUCUUACUGCUGCCGAGAGAUAUAUGCAGGAACAUGGAACUGAAGCAUUUGAAAGACUCAUUACCAAGACUGACAGAGAAGCUAGAGCAAGGAGGAACGGAAACUACAUGAUCUUUGACGAUGAUUAUAGAUAUUAA